AUGACAAGUAAUAACAGUGGUCGAGAAGAAAGAGGGAAUAGCAUGAACGAUGUGAACGAGUUUUGGGCUCGAGUUAGGGAAGCUGGAGGGUUCGACAUCGAACACUUGAUAGACACGAAACCAGAGUCUUGUUUGGUCGGCUUUCGAGAGUUUGAUAAAAAAUAUGAUUGCAACCCCCAUAUUGUCCUUUUCGCUAAGAUGGGGAUACAUAAGUACAACAUGAUACAAGGGACGAACUUGCAGCUCAGUAGCGUAGAGAAAUACAAUUAUCGACCUAGCAGAGUAUAUACAUCAUACUAUAUAACCUUGGUUGCAAAGCAUCCAGAUGCAUCAUGGGACUCUCGUCUGACUUUUCAGACUAGGGUCGUUGACGAAGGCUUUGACAUCAAGAAACUGUAUUGUGGUAUUGCUGCUCCUAAACCCGCAACACAAGGUAAUCUCCUGCAAGGACAAAAUUUGGAACCUGAAGCGGUAGAUGAGUUUUACAAAGGUAGAUUGCCCGAGUGGCCGGUGUCGGAGAAAGUUUUCAAUGAGAAGAAACGAUUUUACUUGGUAAAGAAAGCAGAGCUGCGGGAACAUGACUGGAUUCGUCUAUACAUGGAACUCGCAUUCCUCCUAUCGCGUUCGAGGCGGCCUAAGAAUCCCAAGUUGUCGAAACUGGUGAUUGUGAUGGUAGCAGUAGAGACCAAGGAGGAUAAUGUGGAGCCUUCGAGUGAGAGACUCAAGGCUAAUAAUGCAAAUUUCUACAUUAAGUACAAAUACCAUUCAAGUAAGGCUUGGCCUCCUAAGGUUCGUUCAGCUGACCGCAUUGCAAUAGUAAGAAGAAUCUUUGAUAAGAAUACAGGACACCUCACUCUCCAGUUUGAUUGUCAGUAUGCAAACACGGUUCUGCAAAAGGGCUCAGGCACUAGGGAUCCAUAG